CCAUUUUUAUUGGAAAAUUUUUAGUGACGCUUGUGAAGUAUAAUUUUUUCUUGUGUUCUAAAUAUAUUUAAAAUGUCUCAAAGAUUUGCUCCUGGGCAACCAGGACCUGCUCCUGUUCCCGGCCAACCUCGAUACCAGGCACCUCCUCCGCAACCAUCCGGUAUGCGGCCAUAUUCUGCAGGUGGAAGUUUUCCUCAACGUGGAUUUCCAUUGCAUCAAAAUCCAUCUCAACCUGGGCAAAAUAAUGCAAAUUCACCCGGUGGGCCACCAUUACAUCCAAGAGCCGCACAACCUGGUUUUCAAAGUGGUCUUAGGGGAAGUGGCUCCGGUGGAGGAAACAAAAGAUCAGCUGAAGCUCGUAACAUUAAUAAUAAUCAAAGUAAAGGUGAUUUCGUAGCCGCAAAGAAAAAGAAAAAACUCGCAGAUAAGAUUUUACCUCAAAAGGUGAGAGAUUUGGUACCGGAAUCGCAAGCAUAUAUGGACUUACUUACUUUCGAGAGAAAACUUGAUGCCACUAUUAUGAGGAAGCGUCUGGAUAUUCAAGAAGCAUUAAAAAGACCCAUGAAACAAAAACGAAAACUUCGCAUAUUUAUAUCUAACACAUUUUAUCCAUGUAAGGAACCAAGCAAUGAAGGUGAUGAAGGCUCUGUAGCUUCAUGGGAGUUGCGUGUGGAAGGUCGUUUAUUAGAAGAUGGAAAAGGAGAUCCCACCACAAAAAUAAAACGGAAGUUUUCAUCCUUUUUCAAGUCAUUGGUUAUUGAAUUGGAUAAGGAAUUGUAUGGUCCUGAUAACCAUUUAGUGGAGUGGCAUCGCACUCAUACUACUCAAGAAACUGACGGGUUUCAGGUCAAACGACCAGGGGACAGAAACGUACGCUGUACAAUUUUAUUAUUACUGGAUUAUCAGCCACUGCAAUUUAAAUUGGAUCCAAGACUAGCACGUUUACUCGGAGUGCACACACAGACACGUCCUGUAAUAAUCUCAGCGCUUUGGCAAUACAUAAAAACUCAUAAAUUACAAGAUGCUCAUGAGCGUGAGUACAUAAAUUGUGACAAAUAUUUGGAACAGAUAUUUGGAUGCCAACGUAUGAAAUUUGCGGAGAUACCGCAACGGCUUAAUCCCUUGCUGCAUCCACCAGAUCCAAUUGUAAUUAAUCACUUUAUUGAGAGCGGUGCAGAAAAUAAGCAAACUGCAUGCUAUGAUAUUGACGUCGAAGUUGAUGAUACACUUAAAAAUCAGAUGAAUAACUUUUUAAUGAGCACUGCUAGUCAACAAGAGAUCCAGGGUUUGGAUACCAAAAUUCACGAGACUGUGGACACCAUCAACCAGAUGAAAACUAAUCGGGAGUUCUUUUUGAGCUUUGCAAAAGAUCCACAAAAGUUCAUACAUCGUUGGAUUGUCAGCCAAACUAGGGAUUUGAAGGCAAUGACGGAUGUUGUUGGUAAUCCAGAAGAAGAACGCCGUGCUGAAUUUUAUUAUCAACCGUGGACUCAUGAAGCUGUAUCUCGAUAUUUCUUUACGAAAGUGAAUCAAAAACGUGCGGAAUUGGAACAAGCUUUAGGAAUACGUAAUGCCUAACUUCUCCACUUGCUUAUUAAUUAUUUAUGUAUUAUUUUUCUAAUAUUGCUAUAAUAAAUUUAAAACACAUUUGUGGUAGGAAAU